CCGGCGGCCGGAGGCUGCGGGGCGGCCCCGGGCUCUGAGCUCCGCUGCUGCCGCCCGGGCGCAUCCCGCUGCCGGUACUGCUGAAGGGCCAUCAAUGGGGGACACCACCACCAUGGCCAACUCGACAGCCCUUGUGGGCGCUGGGAGGAACUCAUGCACCUUCCACGAGGAGUUCAAGCAGGUCCUGCUGCCCUUGGUCUACUCCGUGGUGUUCAUGAUGGGGUUGCCCUUGAACGCCAUGGUCAUCGGGCAGAUCUGGGUGGCCCGUAAGGCGCUCAGCCGCAGCAUGAUCUAUAUGCUGAACCUGGCCGUGGCUGACCUGCUCUACGUCUGCUCCCUCCCUCUCCUCAUCUACAACUACACCCAGAAGGAUUAUUGGCCUUUUGGGGACUUCACCUGCAAGUUCAUCCGCUUCCAGUUCUACACCAACCUCCACGGCAGCAUCCUCUUCCUCACCUGCAUCAGCGUCCAGCGGUACCUGGGCAUCUGCCACCCGUUGGCCUCAUGGCACAAGAAGAAGGGGAAGAAGCUGACGUGGUUGGUGUGUGCUGCAGUGUGGUUCAUUGUCAUCGCCCAGUGCCUGCCCACCUUUGUCUUCGCUUCCACCGGUACCCAAAGGAACCGCACUGUCUGCUAUGACCUGAGCCCACCGGAUCGCUCCUCUGCCUACUUCCCCUAUGGCAUCACCCUCACGGUGACCGGCUUCCUGCUGCCCUUCAUGGCCAUCCUCGCCUGCUACUGCAGCAUGGCCAGGAUCCUGUGCCAGAAGGACGAGCUGAUCGGCUUGGUGGUGCACAAGAGGAAGGACAAAGCCGUGCGGAUGAUCAUCAUCGUGGUCAUCGUCUUCUCCAUCAGUUUCUUCCCCUUCCACCUCACCAAGACCAUCUACCUGAUUGUCCGCUCCUCGCCCAGCCUGUCCUGCUCGGCUCUGCAGGCGUUUGCCACUGCCUACAAGUGCACACGUCCCUUUGCCAGCAUGAACAGUGUCCUCGACCCCAUCCUCUUCUACUUCACCCAGCGCAAGUUCCGUGAGAGCACCCGUUACCUCCUGGACAAGAUGAGCAGCAAGUGGCGCCAUGACCAUUGCAUUACCUAUGGCUCCUAGGUGAGGACAAGGGACACCCCGGUGUCACCAGGAUCAGCCAUGGGGCAGUUUGGGCUUUAAGCUCCACAGAACAGAGAUGGCUUCAGCUGGGGACAUCCUGGAGGACAAGAGGAUGGUAUCUCCCAAGCUUUCAGCACUUUCAUCUCCACUGCAGCAGCACAGUAUUAACCCCAUCAUGGCACAGAUCCAGUGUCCUCUGGCUUGGUUGCUCAGUUUGAGCAGCUUAGCACCAUGGCUCCUUCGUGGCCAAGCCACCAAUGCAAUAAAAACUACUGGUGGGACCAUGGAGAGCAUGGUGGGACCAUGG